GUGUCAGACAGCAAAGAGUGCUGCAUUUAUCUAGGAAUCUGAGCCAAAGUAGCCUCGCAAACACAGAACAGGCAGGACUAAGAGGAGGAUGACAACUGACAUGAACUGAAGAAGAAAGACAGAAAGGAAAUCUGGAUAAAAAAGAUCAACAUUACAAAGAUCUGAACAAAAAGGAGGAGAAUAUCUAUGGUUUUUACAGAAAGAGACACAUCUUGGACCAUGAGAGAAUAGAAGAAAUAUUUUUUCAGGGAAUAAAUAACAGAAAGACAUUGCAGCAUCUGGACCGUGGUUCCGGCUUUAAACUUUUUUUCUCAUGAUUUCUUCCAACUCUCUCAGGAUGCUUCCUUUGCUGUCCCUGUAUGUGGGAGCUCUGCUGUUCUCAGAUGCAUCUCCGCCCUGCUUACAUCCACCUUGCAGGGAAAGUUUAGUGGCAACAUCUGCUUCACUGGGUCCAGAAGAAACAGUGACUACCAGGGCCUGCGAGGGUCAAGCUGGGAGAAGUGGAUGCAGCUUGGGUGCUUCCGUUCUUGCUGUCUCAGACGGUCCUCAAAGGGCUGAGCAAAGAACACUGACUGAGUUUCCUCAGAUUGAGUUUAAUACUGGAGGUGUCAAAGAGCGCCUGGUUCAGCUGCAGCGCUGCAUGGGCUCUCUCCAAGAAUCAGGAGGCCCGUGGCGUGAUGGGGAGCAGGAAAACAGCUCUCUGGGAGCCAUCCUGGCACUAAUGGCGGCUGUGCUGACUGAGUGUGACCUCCGCUGUCACAGCCAAGCACUUGGGGCGAUGGCCAAGAGACUAGAGAGUGCGACAUUGGGCAGCAGAGAAGGUGAAAAAGACCUGCUGCUUUUCCUAAGGAGCAUCACACAGUUUCCAACUACAGCUGCUCCCAUGGAGAGGUUACACCCACAGGACUGUGCAGAAAUCUACAGACUUGGGAUCAAAGAAACUGGUGUUUAUACAAUCCAACCUGAUCUGAAUGGACCAUCAAUAGAGGCUAAAUGUGACAUGGAGACAGCGGGCGGAGGGUGGACUGUGAUUCAGACUCGGCAGGAUGGCUCGGUGGACUUCAACAGGACUUGGCAGGAAUACAAGGAGGGCUUUGGUAGUCUGCAGGGGGAGCACUGGCUGGGGAACGCAGCACUGCAUGCUCUCACCUCCACUGGUCAACAUCAGCUCCGCGUUGAGUUGGAAGACUGGUACCAACAGAAGAGACAGGCAACCUACAGCAACUUCAAGGUGGCCUCAGAGGCAGAUAGAUAUCGCCUGACAGCCCACGAGUACUCCGGUAAUGCUGGCAAUGCUAUAAGCUACAGCAAGCACUACAACCAUGAUGGCAGGCCUUUCAGCACCGCCGACAGGGACCACGAUCGCUAUGCCUCUGGAAACUGCGGGCAGUACUAUGGUGCAGGCUGGUGGUUUGAUGCCUGCUUGGCAGCAAACCUAAAUGGCCGCUAUUACCAUGGGCGUUACACUGGUUUAACCAAUGGGAUCUACUGGGGGACAUGGUACAUCCUGACAGAUGGAAGGACUGGUGAACGCUACUCCUUCAAGAGGGUGGAGAUGAAGACGAGACCCAAAACCUUUGGGGGAACCAAAUGACGACUAAACAAUCCAAUUUGAGAAGGUUCACUGUAUAAAUAGGAUUGCCUUUGAUUUUACAGAUGACCUUUCAAAACAACUUUCUGCUAAAAUUAACAUGGAUUUUAAUAGAUAGAAUAUAGAAAAUAUAUAUAUAGACUUUCAACUUUAUGUUUUGUCACUCAAUUAAAAACAAUUAAAAACCUCAACGUGUGUCAUUAGGAAUUUGAGUAUGGCAACUCAGCUGGAAGUGUCAGAUGGCUGUGAUAUGGAUAGAAAAAUUGUUUUUCAUUAGUACAACGUUUAGGCUUUGAGAAGAACCUUUUACCACAUAAAAUGUUUUGUUUUAAACCUUUUCUUCCUGCAUUUAACUUUUAACUAAUCCACCUGAUCCCACUGAUCUCUAACCCUGUUUUCAGUCAAGGCUGAGGAAAACAUCCCCUCAGCAUAAUGCUACCUCCUUGUUUCACCGUGUGUCAAAGGUGGUGUCUUUUUAAAGUGUUGAAAGAUGUAAAUUAAGUAAGGUUUUGAACCAUCAACUUGGUUCUAGAGAGUGAUUGCUUCUUAUAUGGCCAACCAGCCAGCAGUUGGAAAAGAAGCUUAAUGUCUUGAAAGAAACUGCCUGAUUUCACCUCCCUACUAUUUAUUCAAAAAUUUCUUAUAACCAUGGACAUGCAAACUCGACCUUAGUGGUGAGCAAUAAUGUUUGCAAGCAUUCUUGACUGAUCACCUCUUCUGGUUUUCCAACUGGGGAAUAGGAGGAUAUCUUAAAUAUUUUUAUUCAAACCAGUUUAUAUUUUAUUUGUUUUGUUUGAAUUUAUUUGUGACAGUGCGGCAUCUGUAUUAGCAACUGGAUGGAAAUGCCUGUUUUACUUUAUUCUUGUCUCCUUUAUGGUCAGAUGUGGCUGAAAUCACACAUUCAAUGCCAUGUUGUAAGAAAGCAGCCAACUAAAAAUGCAGACUGAGGUCAAGAGUAGUGUAAUUAAUUUGAAGGUUUUAAUGAAAAAUAAGUAAUAAAACUUAAAGCAUAACACCUGAAUGAACCCUGCACGGCAAAUCCCAAAUGGCGAAAAUAACAGUUUAUGGUAACAACUAUAAAAACUACAGAUGAAAACCAAAAUGUUUACAAUUGAAUUAAAAUGGUGAUGUGGUAUAAAGAGUGUAAAAAAAUAGAAUAAGCGAAUAAGAAAUUAUCAAAUGCUCUACUGUAAAUGAUGUUUGAUAUGAUGAUGAGACUGUAAGGUUAUCAUUAUAACACUGUAUAUUAGCUUUCUAAAGU